CACCGCAAAGCUUUCCUUUCUUUCGUCUGUGCUGCGAGAAAAUGCACAGGCAGAAAGAUGGGAACCUCUGCCACAGAAAUAACAAUGCCGUCCUUCUCAGCUUCAUCUGCGUUUCCGUGUUCCUCCUGGCCCCUCCCGCCACGCGCCGGAGCUACGCCGCCGUGGACGUCAAUAAUCCGGAGGAGGUGCGGCUCCUGACGCAUAACGUCUCUAACCAGUUGAAGAAUUUCACCGCCUUGUUCGGCAAUAAAGUUGCCGAAGAAUUGGGCUUCUGCAUCUACGAUGUGGAGGCUGAGUGGAAAAGGGCUUUUGAUUUCAGUGACAAAGAGUUUUUGUCCAACUGCGUCAAGAGAACAAAAGGGGAUAUGAUGCAGCGCUUGUGUACAGCUUCAGAAAUUCAGUUUUAUGCAGCUAAUAUAAUGAUGGGUGCUCUGGCAAGAAAGAGUACCAACUUUGUGACACUUAACAAGAACUGUAAUUUAUCAUCUUGGGGUGCUGGUUGUGACCCAGGAUGGGCUUGUGGCGUUGGAAAAAAUGUAUCUGUUGAUCUUAAAAAUAUAAAGGAAAUCCCAGCGAGAACUGAUGAUUGUCAACCAUGUUGUGAAGGCUUCUUUUGUCCUCAUGGUCUCACCUGCAUGUUACCCUGCCCAUUAGGCUCUUAUUGCCCUGUAGCAAAACUCAAUGAAGCUACAGCAGGAUGUGAUCCGUAUAAUUAUCAAGUGCAACCUAGUAAUAGUAAUCAAACGUGCGGUGGAGCAGAUAUGUGGGCUGAUAUUAUUACUGGCAACGAUCUAUUCUGCCCUGCAGGAUCUUACUGUCCAUCUACUAUCCGUAAAUUUCCCUGUGAUAGCGGACAUUACUGCAGAACUGGCUCAACAACCCAAUCAAAAUGUUACCGGUUGGCUACUUGUGACCCCCAAACAGAAAAUCAAAACAUUACGGCGUAUGGUGCCCUUUUUGUUGCUGGAAUCAUGCUCAUACUUCUUGUUAUAUACAGUUGCUCAGACCGAGUUCUGAGCACUAGAGAGAAAAGGCAAGCAAAGUCCAGAGAAGCUGCUGUGAAAACUGUUCGGGAAACAGUACAAGCACAAACAUGGAAAGCUACAAAGGAUAUUGCUAAAAAGCAUGCAACUGGACUUCAGACACAGUUAUCACGGACAUUUUCCCGUAAAAAGUCAGUGAGGGAGGAGACGAAUAGUAUAGGCCAAGCUAGUCCUGUAAUGGAUGUUUCCUUCUUAUCUUCCCCUUCUGAAGAGAACUCUGAGAGUUAUGAUGAUUUCAACGACAUUGAGAUCGAAAACAAAAAUUUGAAGAAGAAACCUACUAAGACUAAGCACAUGCAUACUCGCAGUGAAAUGUUUAGAUAUGCUUAUGGUGAAAUUGAGAAAGAAAAAGCACGUCAGGAGAAUAGCCCAAAUCUGAGCUACUCUGGUGUCAUCUCAUUGGCAUCUGAUACUAAAGUUAUCACCAGACCUCCUAUUGAGGUUGUUUUUAAAGAUCUGACACUUAGUUUAACCGGUAAAAAGAAGCAUCUGUUGAGGUGUGUAUCGGGGAAAUUAUCGCCUGGUCGUGUUUCUGCUGUCAUGGGUCCAUCCGGGGCUGGAAAGACAACAUUCCUCUCUGCUUUGACUGGAAAAGCCACAGCAUGUACCAUGAGUGGUGUGAUUCUUAUAAAUGGCAAGGCUGAAACAGUGCAGUCAUACAAGAAAAUUAUUGGCUUUGUCCCACAAGAUGAUAUUGUGCAUGGAAACUUGACUGUGGAAGAAAAUCUCUGGUUUAGCGCUAUAUGCAGGUUGCCAGCAAAACUUGUAAAAGCAGAAAAGGUUUUAGUUGUAGAACGAGUAAUUGAAUCCCUGGGAUUGCAAAAUGUGAGAGAUUCCCUUGUGGGUACUGUGGAGAAAAGGGGAAUAUCUGGUGGUCAAAGGAAGCGAGUAAAUGUUGGGCUGGAAAUGGUAAUGGAACCUUCAUUAUUGAUCUUAGAUGAACCCACCUCUGGUUUGGACAGCUCUUCUUCUCAGUUAUUACUUAAAGCACUUCGCCGUGAGGCUCUUGAAGGAGUAAAUAUAUGCAUGGUGCUUCACCAACCAAGCUACACAUUGUUCAAUAUGUUCGAUGAUUUUAUACUUCUUGCCAAGGGUGGUCUUGUCGUAUACCAUGGACCAGUGAAGAAAGUUGAAGAAUAUUUUGCAGGGCUUGGGAUUCAUGUCCCCGAGCGUGUUAAUCCCCCUGAUUUUUUCAUUGACAUUUUGGAGGGAAUUGAAAAACUGAGCCCAGAUAUAGGAUUUAACUACAAGGAUCUUCCUCUAAAAUGGAUGCUUCAUAACGGUUAUACUGUGCCACCAGACAUGCUAAGCCCUGUUGGGUUAGCAGCAGCGAAUGGCGAAAGUCCAGGUCAUGAAUCAAAUCCUGCAUCUGAGGAGCCUGAUGGACCUCUGUUUGCAAACCUGUGGGAGGAUCUCAAAUCUAAUGUGGAACAGAAGAGGGACCAAGUGAAGCAUUACUUCUUGACCUUAAAGGACUCGUCCAAUAGGAAUACUCCAGGUUUAUUGGUACAGUAUAAGUACUUUCUUGGAAGGAUUGGCAAGCAGCGAUUGCGAGAAGCUAGGGUACAGGCAGUAGAUUACCUUAUUCUAUUACUUGCUGGAAUUUGUUUAGGAACACUUGCUAAAGUGAGUGAUGAAAGCUUUGGGUCCAUGGGAUAUCUUUACACUGUCAUUGCAGUCUCUCUACUUAGCAAGAUUGCAGCUCUCAGAUCAUUUUCUCUGGAUAAAUUACACUACUGGAGAGAGAGUGCUUCUGGCAUGAGCAGCUUGGCUUAUUUCAUGGCAAAGGAUACAAUUGAUCAGUUAAAUAUCAUUAUAAAGCCAGCAGUUUAUCUAUCAAUGUUCUAUUUCUUCAACAAUCCAAGAUCCUCGAUUCUGGAUAACUACAUUGUCCUGUUUUGUCUCAUAUACUCAGCUACUGGAAUAGCCUAUGUGCUUGCCAUCUGUUUUGAACCUGGACAAGCUCAGCUGUGGUCAGUUUUGCUUCCAGUUGUCUUGACUCUAGUUGCAAACCAGAAAAGUGACUCAUUUCUGGCAGGAAUAGGAGAUUUUUGCUAUACUAAAUGGACUUUGGAAGCAUUUUUGAUAGCAAAUGCUAGAAGGUACUCUGGAGUGUGGCUGAUCACAAGAUGUGGAGUCCUAAAACAAAGAGGUUUCGCUCUUUUAGAUUGGUAUUCUUGCCUGGGUUGCCUCAUUCUAACAGGCAUACUCAGUCGCAUUAUAGCCUUCUUCUGCUUAAUCACUUUCCAGAGUAAAUGAGAGUCCAUGGAAGAAUUAUCAUCUGCCAAAAAUGGCUGAUGUCAUUGAAGUUUGACGUAGCAUGCUCAAGUAAACUGGUUUGCUGUCAUAGUGUUCCUUCCAGCACCAGUCCAGUGAUACCUGGUUCUGGUAUUCUCAUGAU